AUGGAGCAAUCCACCGAUGCACCGAUUUUCGGCGAUUUUGAUGAAGAUAUUCUCGUUCAUUUCCUAAGUACCAGCAAUGACAUACAUACACGCUGCCAUAAAUUUUGCUUCAAAUUCCAUCAAGAAGGCAAAAUUGAUGUCAACUUAUUACGAAAUCCAUCCUUUCGAUCCUCGAAGGCAACUCUGUUUGGCCAUCUUUAUUUUCGACUGCAACAUUUCCCUAAAGCCUUGGAGUGGUUCGAAUCUGUACCAAAGAAUAGUGCGGACGAGUUUGAUAGUCUUUGCGGCCAAGGAAGUAUUUACCUUGAGUAUGGAGAGUACGUGAAGAGUGUUGAAUGCUUUGAAAAGGCACUGGAGAUAUAUUACCAAAAUGAACAGCCGUUAGAUAUAACAUUGCUUGCAUGCGUUAAUAAUUUAGCAAUGGCAUUAAGAAAUAUGGGGCAAUAUAAGAAGGCCGGAGUAAAAAUGGAAGAAGCAAUUGAAAAACACCAUCAAGCCUAUGGCGAAGAUUCCGAGACAGUUAUUCUUAGUUCUUUGAUGCUAAAUCUUGGCAUUGGUUACGCUUCUGACGAUCCGAGAUCAGCGAUUGGAACGUAUGAAGUGGUUGAAGGGAUGCACAACAGAUUAAUGGACGUCCCUGAUCAACAUGCUAUCGGCCUAAGUCUUAACAUGGCCUGUUCGCUUAGUGAACUUAAUCAACUUGAACGGUCAUUGGAAUAUAUGAAACGAGCACUACAACUUGGGCAUCAGGUAUAUGGCAAAAAUAAUCAAAGUUCUAAAUUGGCUCAAAUUUACAAGACCGCGGGUACCGUCUACAAAAAUUGCAAUCAGAAUAUGAGGCUCUGUCUUGGUACAAACGAAGUUUAG